UGAUGAUUUUACGACGUUGAAGUCCCUUGAUGAGCAGUCUGGUCCCAGAACAAGCCAGUGCAGCAGACACGCGAGCGAUAACGAACCCGCAGAGCGGACGCAACGUCACCAAUCCGGCCAAAGAUUCAAACAUUCUCUCCCUCGACGACUCGAAUUCCUGUCGAGCUGGUGCGCAGGCAAGACUUGCACAAAGAAUGCAUGAUGGAGCGGAUGCCGAAGUUACAAGAAACGAUUCCUUGUGGUGGCUCGACUGUUGUUCCCCAACAUUAAUUGUGCACACCACGUCAUGCUGCUCAUGCAAUUCGGAGUACAUUUUUUGAAUUUGGAUAUAAGAGGAGCUGGCAUGCUAGGGAGAAUAGCCAAUCCGGCAGAAUUGGAAAGGAAGCAUGUUGGUCGUAUCUUACUACUUGGCGCUACCUUUUUCCAGCCAGUGAAAUGGAAGGAAAACCUUCGGGUUCCUGCGCUAGCCUGUUUCUGCCAGCCUGGGAGCAACGGCGCUCUGCCUGAACAUCCAAAACAUGAGCCUAAGAAUAGCUCUUCUCCAAACGAGCAUCAUGGCCCCAAGGUUGAUCUUCUGUCAAUCAACACCGAAGACCAACAGCCACAACUGUGAAUAACCGUCCAUAAACCCUUGGCACCUUAGGCAUACAGCAGUAAACCGCCCAGGUAUACACGCUCCCUGCGGUGGCUGAGUUUCGGCAGAUGUGGAAUAUAGCCCCAACCUUGAGACUUUGCCCUUGUUUUCAACCUCGCAGGUAGUAGCUGUGCUGAGCUGCAUUG